GGUGACCGAUCAGAUGACGGUCACGUGGUUCAGUCAGCUGCCGGUGACGUCAUCAGGCAGGACCGGACGCUUUUUCUGCGGCAGCGACGGAACCGACGGACGGCCAGGAUGCCUUUCUCCGAGCUGUACUUUAACGUCGACAACGGCUACCUGGAGGGUCUGGUCCGAGGCUUUAAAGCGGGAAUACUGUCCCAGGCGGACUAUUUAAACCUCGUUCAGUGCGAGACUCUGGAAGACCUGAAGCUCCACCUGCAGAGCACCGACUAUGGCAGCUUCCUGGCCAACGAGGCGUCUCCCCUCACCGUGUCGGUCAUCGACGACAAGCUGAAGGAGAAGAUGGUGGUGGAGUUCCGCCACAUGAGGAACCAGUCCUACGAGCCCCUGGCCAGCUUCAUGGACUUCAUCACGUACAGCUACAUGAUCGAUAACGUCAUCCUGCUGAUCACCGGGACGCUGCACCAGCGCGCCAUCUCUGAGCUGGUGCCCAAGUGCCACCCGCUGGGCAGCUUCGAGCAGAUGGAGGCGGUCAACAUCGCCCAGACCCCCGCCGAGCUCUACAACGCCAUCCUGGUGGACACGCCCCUGGCCGCUUUCUUCCAGGACUGCAUAUCAGAGCAGGAUUUGGACGAGAUGAACAUUGAAAUCAUCCGAAACACACUUUACAAGGCUUAUCUGGAGGCUUUCUAUAAAUUCUGCUCAAACCUGGGAGGAACCACAGCCGAUACCAUGUGCCCCAUCCUGGAGUUCGAGGCCGACAGGAGAGCCUUCAUCAUCACCAUCAACUCGUUCGGCACAGAGCUGUCCAAAGAGGACCGCGCCAAGCUCUUCCCCCACUGCGGCAAGCUCUACCCAGAAGGCCUCGCUCAGCUGGCCCGGGCAGACGACUACGAGCAGGUCAAGGCCGUCGCAGACUUCUACCCAGUGAAGCUGAACAAGCUGGCCUUCCUGAACCAGUUCCACUUCAGCGUGUUCUACGCCUACGUGAAGCUGAAGGAGCAGGAGUGCAGGAACAUCGUUUGGAUCGCAGAGUGCAUCGCCCAGCGCCACCGCGCCAAGAUCGACAACUACAUCCCCAUUUUCUGAGCCCCCCCCCCCCCCCCCCCCUCCCCCUCCCACUCCCACAUCCUUUCAUCCCGCCUUUGGACUCGCAGCCCGGCGGACACCACUCCGGUUCCCUUCCUCCUCCACCCAUAGACGUCUCGUUCUUAUCCCGCUCUGUUUCCAACAGAGGCUGAAAGAGGGGAGGAGAUUGAGGGGAUUCACCGGAAGAACUGACGCUAAUUUGAAUUGAUUUGACUCCUGUAAGUGUGUCAACUCUGAAGAUGAGUGUGUUGUUUUACGUGGCACGGUUAAAAAAAAACAAAAAAAAACGCAAAGCAAGAAUUUGCUAUUUUCAGAGACCAGGCUGCUUCGGGCCUCCUUUUGGCCUCAUGUCAUCCUGAACUAACCAUGCCGAAUUCCU